UAUCAAAAAGUUUUUCAAACCAUAAUUUGUUAUAUGUGUUUUAAUUAAACAAUUCCUUUCGUUUGUGCCCCUAAAAAUAUAAUAAAUAAGCUGCAGCAACCAUUUCACCACUAAGCCAUAUAAGUGCCAUAAACAUAGACAUUAAUACGUAAUCAAAGUGCAAUAUUGCCUAAAGUGACUUUUUUCUGUGAUAUAGACUUGCCAUACAUAUAUAAAGAAUAUAACAUGACACGUAGAAGUAUCGAUAAAAGCUCCUCCACGCACGCAUCUCCAAUGGGAGAGGAAAACGGCAUGAUGUCUCCUCCUCCGCCUCAAGCAUCUUCAGGCCGAACGGUUUCCCCCCUCCCAUGAGACUAUCCUCGAAUUCACCCACGAUGCUUGCUACCAUGACACCUGUCAACGUCAUGGAGUUAAAGAAGGAGAUGGAGGAAGAAAGUGCCAUGGGAAGGAACCCAGCUUACGCUCAGGUCAAAACGGAAGUCCUCUACGAAAAGGACGAUGGGGAAAUAUAUGCUCAAACCAUAACAGAUAAAAACGACACACCGAUAGAUCUGAUCUACGAGGACGGGAACAAAACGGUGAUAUACACGACCACUCCCGAUCAGAAAGGGUUGGAAAUAUACUCGGCUGACAAUUCAGGGAAAAUAACCAUAAACAACAUCAGCGCGCAUCAGAUCCACGCAGGCCAGCAGAUAGCGGACGCUCUGAUAGACGGGAACGCGGGAACAAUGAUGACGUCGAACAACGAACCCGUCAACAGCCCACCGGGAACCGUGUCUGUGGUACUGCAAGGGAACGGGCAGGGGUUGCUUCAGUACCCUCAGGCCCAAGUGCCCGGGACGACCGUUUUGGUUCUUUCCAAGAAAGUCAAAGUCCCUUUUAAAUAAAAUUUAAGUUGACUUUUACAAAUAUACAGGAUGUCUCUGAAAUAAGUGCUUGUAAAGUAUUUUAAGUUGGGCUAUAUUACGACCCCAAAAAUACGCCCAAAAAAAUGUUGAAAAUUUUACAUGUUUUUGGCAUAUUUCGGGAUAUUUAAAAAACUUUUUAGUGCCGCCGGUGUAGGUUGCAGAAAAAGUAUUACAAUGUUACCACCUCCCACAUUAACCACAUUCUGCUUAUUUGUGUGUUUUAAUUACACAGU